GGAGAAAAAUGACUGCGUCCAGGAAGUGGGUACCUGGUUAGAAGUGGGAAGUUAUAAUAAACCGCUAGUUAGCAAGGUAGCUACCAAUACUUACUUUUUAUUAAAGCAGGUAAGUUAAAUUCGGAAGAUUAUCGACGAUGAUUUUACACCGUGUCGUUUACGUGCUACUUCCGGUGCUGGUGUGUUUAAGCGAGGCCAGAAUACAUCGCCUUAUUCUGAAGAAUGAAACACGCUUCCUUGUCCACCUCAACACCUUCGGAUACUUCGCUGAGGGUACGCUGGAUGUCAAUCUGCUGUCUCUACAACUUCCUAAAGAGAAGGAUGCAUCCAACCCUAAGAUGGGCUUCAGUCUGGCUAGGUCCCGGGUAAACGGCGUGCUAUCGUACACAACCGAGGACCCGGAACAGUGCACUCUGUCCAAAAGCAAGAGCGAGGACAAUCUGGUUCUGUUCAUCAUCGACCCGAGCAAACUGAGUGUCGAUGUGAAGUCAUUUGGUCAGAAGGACAGUGUCUUACAGUCAAAGCUGAAGUCUGAUGUUAAAGUCGCUCGGAAGAAAAGAGAGAGCACUGAAAAAAAAUCCAGUCCAGACCGAAAGCCUGCCGAGCUUGAAAAGGAACAGAACACUAUCAAGAAUGAAACAGAGGCAGUGAUUAAAGCUAAAGACCCACAAGCCACUGGGACUAACAAUAAAGACCCACAAGCCACUGGGACUAACAAUAAAGGGACACAAGCCACUGGGACUAACAGUAAAGGGGCAGUAGACCCUGGGAAUAAAGAUAAAGAGAUAGAAGAGAAAAAGAAUAAUGGUAAUACACCUAAUGAAGAUGCUGCUGGGAAAGUGGACACGACCAAAGAGGACAAGUCUCUUAGCCAGGUGACGAUCAAGGACGGAGUGAGGUUGGUCCUGAAUCAGUAUGGCGACACCUACAAUUUCACAUUUCAUAUCACUAUGGGUGCUCAGGACCAGGGCCUGUACAACCUGAACUUUCAUUACUGCUCCAGCAACAAGCUCGCUGCCGUCGGUCCGUACUCCCUCAGUGUGGAGAUCAGAGAGAAGAACCCGGAUGGCUUUCUCUCUGCUGCUGAGAUUCCCCUACCGCGUCUCUAUAUUAGCAUGGCUGCCCUGUUCCUGACAGCGGCCAUCAUCUGGACAUCAACACUGCUCAAACACAAGUACAGUGUGUUUAAGAUCCACUGGUUGAUGGCCGCUCUCGCCUACACCAAAGCCGUGUCCUUGGUUUUCCACAGUAUUAACUAUCACUUCAUCAACAUGGAGGGGCAUCCUAUCGAAGGCUGGGCUGUAAUGUACUACAUCACUCACCUCCUGAAGGGGGCACUGCUGUUUAUAACCCUGGCUCUGAUAGGAACUGGCUUUGCCUUCAUAAAAUACAUCCUCUCGGACAAGGAGAAGAAGAUCUUCAUGAUCGUCAUCCCUCUACAGGUGUUGGCUAACGUGGCGUACAUCAUCAUCGAGGAGACUGAGGAAGGCUCGAUUGAGUACGGAUUGUGGAGGGAGAUCUUGUUCCUCGUAGACCUCAUCUGCUGCGGAGCCAUCCUCUUCCCCGUCGUCUGGUCGAUUCGACACCUGCAGGAGGCGUCUACUACAGACGGCAAAGCUGCAAUAAACUUGGAGAAGCUGAAGCUCUUCAGGCAUUACUACGUGAUGAUUGUGUGUUAUAUCUACUUCACGAGGAUCAUCGCUAUCCUGCUGAAAGUCACCGUACCCUUCCAGUGGCAGUGGUGCCAAGAGUUCUUGAUAGAGGUGUCCACUCUGGUGUUCUUCGUGUUAACGGGAUUUAAGUUCCGGCCGGCAUCUAAUAACCCGUACCUGCAGCUGCCUCAGGACGAGGAGGACCUGGAGAUGGACGAAGUUGUGACUGAGUCCGGGGUGUUGGAGGGCGUCUCGAAGGUGAAGAACUCGUCCAACGGAAGAGAGAGACAUAGAGUGCCUGCCUUGUGAUGACACUCCGGGGGAGGAGCCUGGACUGUUAAACUCCACCCCCUUUAUUGAGCUAUUCCGACUAUAGUUGCUUCCAAGACAUCCACAGAAGCAAUCAGCUAUGCAAGAGAGGGGGGAGGAAAAGCAGGGUGGGUGUGUGUGUGUGUGUGUGUGUGUGUGUGUGUGUGUGUGUGUGCGCCCAAGCGAGAGAAAGAGAGAAAGGAAGUUCUGAACUUUUCUAUAGAGGAUAUUGGAUUUCUCCUUUAAAAAGGGGACCCAGAGCAGGGCCAUGAGGCACACCGGUUUCAUAGAUUUAUCUUAUUUUCUUCAAUUUUUCACCGUUAAUCUGUUACUCUCUCACCCUCUCCUCCUCUUCCUCCUUUCUUUCUCUCUUUAUCCAAAGAUUUACAAUCAUUUACAGGAAAAAAAUAAAAUUCCUUAAAGGAACAGUUUAGCCAAAAAUGAAACUCGAGUAGUCCAAAAUCAGUCGAUCCUCCGAGUGUGAUGUCUAAACUUCUGCUUCUCGAUUUCUCACAGGUUCUACGAGGAUAAUCUGCGAUGAUUGAUUUACAGAUUUUUACAGAAUUUGCGCAGUGCUAAACUGGAGGCUAAGCUUCCAUUAAUUGUUAGCAUUAUUAGCCUCGCAGCAGCGAGGAAUUUGUGGUGAAGAAGUGGUAGACGUUUAAUUUUAGUUUGGAAUGUUUCUUUAACUGUGCUUCAGUCUUAAAUGAAUCAAAUCUUUCUUCUUUAUUAUUUAACUGAUGAUUAUUUGCCGUGUUUAUGGUGUUGUGCCGUUUCUGUUAGCGUGUAAUGAAAAACCAGAUUUUGGUUGUUUUUUUGGGGACUUGUGUCUUGUCUUGACUCCAUCGACCCCUGAACCUCAGCGAUAAGGUCUGAGGAGAAGAUUUGUGUUUCCGAUGUGAUCUCGUUAACCGCCGAUUCCAUAGAACCAAGUUUGUUGAUUGAGGAUCGAAUCUGCAUCGCUUUAGACCUCGCACCAGAGGAGCACAAUUUACCCAGAAGGCACUUCUGCAUUCCAGCACAGUUUCCUUUCGACAUGGCGUAAGAAUGAAUAAAAUUCUUUACUUUUGACUCCUCUGUCUGCUGGAACUGCGCCACUUUCCUCAUAGUAGAGUAAUGUAAAGUACUCUCCAGCUAUGUUAAACUGCAUCUUAAACAGAUUAGCCAGAUAGAAUGCUCCAGAGGCGAUCCUGAGGGAGUUCUAGCGCUCAGGACAAAACAGUAUUGAACCCUGAGCUGGAGUAGAUCCAGAAUCCAGUGGAUUACGUUUCGCUCUGUGCCCGGUUUAGAAAAACUGCUUUGAUUGACAGCAGUUAGUCCCACCCCUUCAUAUCAUUAUGAAUUUAUUUCCUAGCACAAUGUCGAGUAAGUUUAGAGAAACCAUGCAGCUUGAGACGUUGUCUCUGGUUUUAUUGAAGACACCUAGCGAAUUUUUGAACCCCCAUGUUCAUGUUGUAUCGUCCGUCAUCAUUACUUUGGGGGGGGGGGGGGGGUUGUCUUGUCUUGAGAUCAUGAGCUUGAGAUACCGAAAAGCGUGGCACGGUUAAAGACAUGACACCUUUUUCAACAGGUACAUGCAGUCACCCCGUUGUGACCUACUUAUGCUAGCUAGCUAGCUAAUGGUAACUAUCUACGAACCCCUGUUUCAGUCACUUCGACCCAUCGGACACAGAGUUAAAUUUGUGAUCGCCAACACGAACCCUUUCGGGAAGACGCCUCGUUAUCUCUGGCUUACCAGAGUACUGAUGACUCAUGGUCUUGCUGAACAUCUGUAGAGAUACUUUCAGAUGUCCGUGUUUUAGAUGCUGGGUCUGCUCAUCUGGGCUGCAGAGGCUCUGAUGAUGUCACGUUUUCAACCUUCUAACACUUUUAACGUUAGUUUACCGUUAGUACAGUUGUGGUGAUGGAAUAUACGGUACACGUGGGAGAACGUGUCCCAUCACGUACAUGAACUUCUCCGGUUUUGUUGUCCACCUGAAGCAAUGGUGUUAGUAAUUAACGCCUGUAUGAAGUAAUGCUUGGUGUUUGUUACAUAAUGAACAUCUUGAUUUAAUCCAUUUGUGAGUAAAAGUAAGUGAAUAAAUUAGCAGUAAAUAUAAAUCACACUGUUGCGCAAUAGUUACACGUUAGUACACAACUUGGACGUGAUCGCAAACGUUUAAUUACUGAAUGUUAAUUAAUACAGGUGUCCAUGAUUGUACAGUCAAUGCUAGUGAUUAUGGAAGUGACAGCUAACAGAGCUGUGGCGUUGUUAUAAACGUUUACAGCAUUGUCACUCCAAAACGGAGCGAUAUGGUGACCGGAAUAACGACUGAUGCGGUUCUAAAAGCAUAUGUUUUCUUUCACACAGUUUCAGACUCGUGUUUCUAAAAGAUGGCGUUUACGAAUAUUUGUUUAUCGUGUGUUUGGUUGUUUUGCAAUGUUUUUGUGUCUGUUUUCCUUUUCUUUAUAACCCUCUUCAACCACUCAAAGUAGUUCCAGAGGAACAUCCGUGUUUACCAUCCAGAUGAACCAAGAUGGCCACCGUUAAAAGGGCUGUGAACUUUGUAAACAUAUUGUGCUGGCUUGUUUUUCCUUGCUAGCGUAACGUGAUGAUAUUUUGUUCCAGUGUGAGAAUGACCUUUAAAAUAAAAGGAAGUGAAAACGU